GUAUGGGCUGUUUCUGGGGAGCCGAGAGGAAGUUUUGGAGGCAGAAGGGAGUCUACUCCACUCAAGUGGGCUAUGCAGGAGGAUACACCCCAAAUCCUACCUACAAAGAAGUGUGCUCGGGUAAAACUGGCCACGCAGAGGCUGUACGCGUAGUAUAUCAGCCAGAAAACAUCAGCUUUGAGAAACUGCUCAAGGUCUUCUGGGAGAAUCAUGACCCGACACAAG